ACGUCAUGGUCACGUCACGCACGUCAUUACAUUAGUUUUAAAUUUUAAUAAAAUUUAUCAGAGAAUAGUUUACUCUCUACGAGAGGUUAAUUUUAAUAUUGAUCAUUUUAUUUUAGACCUUGUUGUCGAAGUUUAAUUUAUUGAAUAUCAAGAAUCUGUAUUGGAUCAUAAUUUAGUCCAUUCUGAUCUCUCUUGAGCUUAGGUGAUAAGUGUCUGACAAUAAUCCACAAUUUGGCCCAACUUCCAAUUUAAAAAUGUGGAGUGAUUCUUUGCUAAUCGUUUUUAUUUCUAUAUGUACUGCAUUUUUAGGUGAAGGUCUAACAUGGAUCCUUGUUUACCGAACCGAAAAAUACCAAAAACUUAAGGUUGAGGUUGAACGUCAAAGCAAAAAACUGGAAAAAAGAAAAGAAGCUCACGGGGACUCUUUGGAUAAACAACAUAAAAAGAAAAUUGAGAGAGAAGAAGAACGACUGAAGAAUAACAACAGAGAUCUUUCUUUAGUCAAAAUGAAGUCUAUGUUUGCUAUUGGUUUUGCAUUCACAGCUCUACUCAGCAUGUUCAACAGCAUAUUUGAUGGUAGAGUAGUAGCUAAACUUCCAUUCUACCCCAUCUCAUGGAUCCAAGGUCUCAGUCACAGAAACCUACCUGGUGAUGACUACACAGACUGCUCAUUUAUCUUCUUAUACAUAUUGUGUACAAUGAGCAUCAGGCAAAACAUUCAAAAGCUCCUUGGAUUUGCUCCAUCUCGUGCUGCAUCAAAACAAGGUGGAGCCCUGUUUGCAGCACCUCCAGCUCAAUUUAAGUAAAGCAGUGCAUCGCAUAGUUAAAUCAGUUGUGUGAAUUUUAUAUUUAAUAAUUUAUGUUCUAGGUAUCUAGAUUUUGUUUGAAAUAAAUAUAAUUUAAACAA